AUGCAACUAGAACAAGAUCUUUAUAUUCGUUUAAUUGAAACGACAGAUCAAACUGCUGUUAUUACCCGUGAAGAAUUUAUUUCAACUACUGAUAAAAUUAUUAAGCGAUGGUUAAAUGAAGCUAACGAAGAUGUUCCAUUUGUAGUUUUAACUUGUGGUGAAAAAGAUAUGGGUAAAUCUAUAUUUACUCGUUAUCUGAUUAAUCGUGCUCUUGAUCAUAUUAAUUCGACAUUUGGCUUAACAUAUUUUGAUUGUGACAUUGGUCAAUGUGAAUUUACUAUUGGUGACUGUUUAUCUUACACUGAUAUUGAAACACCAUUAUUAGGUCCACCAUGCUCCCAUAUAAAAUCAAAUGCAAAAUCUGACCGUCUUCUUUAUUAUGGCUUUGUUUCGCCACAGCCCGCACCUGUUCGUUAUUUACAAUAUGUUAAUAGAUUAAGACAAUUGUGGAAUAUCGAUCAUAAGAAUGCAAAUAAAAAACGAUCGAUGAUUGUAGUCAAUACUAUGGGCUGGGUAACCGGUCUUGGUCUUGAACUACUGAAAGAGAAAAUAUGUAUGUUUUCUCCAAAUGUUGUCAUUCAAUUACGAAAUACGUUAGUUUCACAUCAAGAUCGCAAUAAAAUGCCUGAUUUGACACUUGAGUGGUUAUUACGACAACCGGUUUUUGCACCAUAUAGAGAUAAAAUAAAAAUGAAUAAUAAACGACAACAAGAUUAUGAUGGUCAAUUGAGUUAUGAAUAUAUUAAAAUACAAUCUGCAGCAGUAUCAGAUCCAAUUCAUAGCCAUAGACCAAAAUUAUACGGACGCGAUCAUCGACUUCUUGCGACUUGGUCAUACUUUUUCACCUCACCAGAUCUUUCAUCUAUUCAUCUUCCAUGGUCACAACUUCUUCACGUAUUUCUACUUAAUAAAACGAAUAAGUAUUCGGAUGUAAUACCUAAUACUCUUGAACGUUCAAUUGUUGCUCUGUGUUCAAGUGAAAAAUUUGAUCAAUUACAAAAAUCGGCAAUGAAUGUCAAUGGAAUAUAUCGGUUAUUGAAUUAUGAAGAUGAACUAUUCGAUUGUUUAGGUUUUGGUUGGAUCGAACAUUGUAGCAAUGACACACAGACUUAUGAAAUUUAUACUCCAGUUAAAUCUCUUUCCAAUAUCAACCUUUUGGCUUGCGGUGUUUUUGAUACACCCGAUGAGUUUCAAUACAUGUUCAAUCGUGAGAAACUAAAAUAA